GGCCCCCGGAGGAACAGACCGGGUGGUGGGCAGGAAACACUCUUCCUAAAAAGAGGGCGGGGGAGGGGCAAAAUGGCUGCCCCCAUCAAGAUCACCGAGUGGGGGGUUAUUGGGGUCUGGGCUUGCAGCUAACGCGCCUUCUCCCGCCCCCGCUGCGCCUUACCUGCCUUGCCAGGACAUUGUCGGGUGCUUGGUGCCGGGGGGGGGGUCUGCCUUCUGGAGCCGCCUUUCUAUGCACGCCCCAGAUCUUGCCUUCACCCCGCCUGGCACAUCCAGGAUGCUCCAUUGACGGUCUCCUCGCUCGGCUCUCCCGGAGCGCGCAAAACCGCCCCGCUUGGCUGGGGGAUCAUGUCCAGACAGGGCUGCCCGCUGCACCCCCGUGGCCUCCACCUGCUGAUCCUAAGCUGCUGCUUUGUGUGACCGGGAUCCCACUGCGCCUUCACCCCCUCCGAACUUAAAAGAGCGAGAGCCGGGAGAGCGGGCACGGCUGCCCUGAGGGUUUUUCAAAAGCCGCAUGGGUCAGCAUUUGGGCUGAGCGUGUGGGGGGUUAGAAGGGGCCAUGGGGAAUGUGGUGUCCCCUGUGCCUGGCCUGCGAAGAGGGCUUCGUCGCGAGGAGCCCAUCAGCAACCCGGGCAGCUUUGAUGAACUCCACCGAAAGUGCAAAGAAGUCUUCCCUCAACAAAUGGAAGGAGUCAAGCUAGUCAUUAAUAAAUCCCUCAGCAGCCAUUUUCAGGUCACGCACACCAUUCACAUGAGCACAAUUGGCCAGUCAAGCUACCACUUCAACGCAACCUUUGUGGGGGACCAGCAACUGAGCCCUACGGAGGCCUUCCCGACGCUCAUUGGCGAUAUCAGCAAUGCCGGAAGCCUCAAUGCUCAGGUGCUUCAUUUACUGGCGGAGCGGAUACGAACAAAGGCCAUAUUCCAGACGCAGCAGUCCAAAUUUGUGACUUGGCAGUUCGAUACUGAAUACCGGGGGGAGGACUACACGGCCACGCUGACGCUGGGCAACCCUGACCUGAUCAGCGAAUCGAUCAUCCUGGUGGCGCACUUCCUGCAGAGCGUGACCUCGCGCCUGGUCCUCGGCGGGGAGAUGGUCUACCAUCGGCGGCCGGGGGAAGAGGGAGCCUUCAUCACCCUGGCCGGGAAGUACACAGCUCUCAAAUGGGUAGCCACGCUCAACCUUGGAUACGGCGGUGCUCACGCCAGCUACUAUCAUCGGGCCAACGACCAGAUCCAGGUUGGGGUGGAAUUUGAGGCCAACACACGGCUGCAAGACACGAAUUUUGCCUUCGGCUAUCAGCUGACACUGCCGCAGGCCAAUGUGGUUUUCAGAGGAUUUCUGGAUAGUAACUGGUGUGUAGGGGCUGUCCUGGAGAAGAAGCUGCCUCCGCUGCCGGUCACCCUGGCCCUGGGCGCGUUCCUCAACCACUGGAAGCACCGGUUCCACUGUGGCUUCAGCAUCAUCGUGGGUUGAACCCCCCGGGGCCGGUCUCCCCUCGCAAGAGGGCCGUUGGAUUUCACUGGGUGAACCUGGCGUGGGAAGAGGGGCCCAUCCGCAUAUGCGCCGGUGUGUGGUGUUUGGGCGCAGCGGCGCGUUCCUGAACGGGCACAUGCAUGCGGCGGGGAUGACGGAGGUGAUUCUGAGAUCUGGCGCGGCAUUCCUCUGAGAGCACCCACGCUGCCUCCGGCCUCGAAGAGGGCUGGCCGGUUUGUUUUUUUGACACGCAAUGCUGCAAGAUGGCUCUUUCCUCUCCCGGCCCGGCCCGGCCCGGCGCUCUGUGUGACUCCCGCUGGGUUUGGAGGGCAUUCCCGCCGGGACUGGACGCUGUCUCCGAGCUCUGAAUUUCGCAGGGUCCACAAUGCAGUGGGACACGGUUGCUGUGCCUGCUGGGUCUGUGAUGAGGGCAAAAGUUGUAGCUUCUGUGUAAUGGCGACUUGGAAUCCAAUAAAAAUCAUGCCUGGGGUUUCCCCAUCUUGAGAAGGAAA